UUUCAAUUACAAAAAAUUCAAAUAUGGCGACUGACGUGGCUUUUGAUACGAGCAUGGGCUCGUUCACGGUAGAGCUUUAUAAUUCGCAUGCACCAAAGACUUGUAAGAACUUUGCGACACUCGCGCAAAGGGGCUACUACAACAACGUCAUCUUCCACCGCAUUAUUCCCAACUUCAUGGUCCAGACUGGUGAUCCCACCGGCACUGGUAGAGGAGGAAGCUCCAUUUACGGCGAGAAGUUCGAGGAUGAGAUUCGUGCAGACCUCAAACACACCGGUGCCGGUAUCUUGAGCAUGGCGAAUAGCGGACCAAAUACCAACGGCAGCCAAUUCUUCGUAACCCUUGCCCCAACGCCCUGGCUGGAUGGCAAGCACACAAUCUUCGGCAGGGUCAAGAGCGGGAUGAGAGUGAUACAGCGCAUGGGACUUGUCAAAACAAAUGGAGAAGAUAGACCGGUGGAUGAGGUCAAAAUCAUUCGUGCUAGGGUCGUUGAAGAAGGCGAAGAGUGAGAUGGGGUUGGACUAAGAUAUCGUUGGCAUCUCGAACAACAGGUGGUUGAGGUCUUAAACGAUAUCAUUCCAGUCAUCCAUCCUUGGUAGACGACUCCUUGACGUUACUCGCUUGGAUUCAAGCAGAGGUUCAAUCUUAGGACAGCCUCAGCAACCUCCCUUUGGGAACACAGCUAGCGUAUGCUUUGGGCCAAUAUUUGGAUCCUAGUAUACACGCCGAGCUGGGAGAACCUGAAAGAGGCUACUGCACUUAUAGGCCUUAAUUCGCGUUAAUGGACAACAGCAGAGUUUUAUCAACUACGAUGCAGAUAGACUAAUGGAAUGUAUCACUACAAACGAACUGCUUCUAUCAAAUGUCACCAUCCAGAGCAGCAGAUACAGAGUGAUUGGAGUCCUGUCUACCACUCCCAUAGACGACAUGACCAAUGAAGGCAUGUCUGAAAAGACGUACUGCCACGGUUGAGAUAGCAGUAUGCCUGUGCAAAGCACUGAGAGUGGUGUGUAAAGAGAAAGAAACUUCGUGCGCUGCAGAAUCGAUCCUUAAGUGGUUCGCGAAAUAAGCUAACUAGUUUGGGUAUAGUGCUUUGUCUGGGCAUG